CGGGGUGCGGCGCCCGGGGCGGCGAUGACCGCGCAGCACGCCCCGCGGGCCCGGCCCUGAGCCCCGCCGCCCGCGAACCCCGCCGAGGUCCCGACAGGCCGAGAUGACGCCGAGCCCAGCGUUGCUACUGCUGUUGCCGCCGCUGCUGCUGGGGGCCCUCCCGUCGGCAGCCAGCGCCCGAGGCCCCCCGAGGAUGGCAGACAAGGUGGCCCCGCGGCAGGUGGCUCGGCUGGGCCGCACCGUGCGGCUGCAGUGCCCCGUGGAGGGGGACCCACCGCCGCUGACCAUGUGGACCAAGGACGGCCGCACAAUCCAUGGCGGCUGGAGCCGCUUCCGCGUGUUGCCCCAUGGGCUGCGGGUGAAGGAUGUGGAGCGGGAGGACGCGGGUGCCUACGUGUGCAAGGCCACCAACGGCUUCGGCAGUCUCAGUGUCAACUACACCCUCAUCGUGAUGGAGGACGCCAGCCCAGCCAGGGAGAGCCUGGGGCAUGAGGGCUCCUCCGGGGGCCAGGAGGACCCAGCGAGCAAGCAGUGGGCGCGGCCCCGCUUCACGCAGCCCUCCAAAAUGAGGCGCCGGGUGAUCGCACGGCCUGUGGGCAGCUCUGUGCGUCUCAAGUGUGUGGCCAGUGGGCACCCGCGGCCCGACAUCAUGUGGAUGAAGGAUGACCAGGCCUUGACGCGCCCAGAGGCCAGCGAGCACAGGAAGAAGAAGUGGACGCUGAGCCUGAAGAACCUGCGCCCAGAGGACAGCGGCAAGUACACGUGCCGCGUGUCCAACCGUGCCGGCGCCAUCAACGCCACCUACAAGGUGGACGUGAUCCAGCGGACGCGCUCCAAGCCUGUGCUCACGGGCACACACCCCGUGAACACCACAGUGGAUUUCGGGGGCUCGACAUCCUUCCAGUGCAAAGUGCGCAGUGAUGUGAAGCCGGUGAUCCAGUGGCUGAAGCGCGUGGAGUAUGGCGCCGAGGGCCGCUACAACUCCACCAUCGACGUGGGCGGUCAGAAGUUCGUGGUGCUGCCCACGGGCGACGUAUGGUCUCGGCCCGACGGCUCCUACCUCAACAAGCUGCUCAUCACCCGUGCCCGCCAGGACGACGCGGGCAUGUACAUCUGCCUGGGUGCCAACACCAUGGGCUACAGUUUCCGCAGUGCCUUCCUCACCGUGCUGCCAGAUCCAAAGCCGCCAGGGCCGCCCGUGGCCCCCUCAUCGUCCAGCACAAGCCUGCCGUGGCCCGUGGUCAUCGGCAUCCCAGCGGGCGCCGUCUUCAUUCUGGGCACUGUGCUGCUCUGGCUCUGUCAGGCCAAGAAGAAGCCAUGUGCCCCCGCGCCUGCCCCCGCUGUGCCUGCACACCGCCCGCCCGCACGAGACCGCGCUGGGGACAAGGAGCUGCCCGUGCCCCCCGGCCUCGGGACCCCCACUGGCCUGGGGCUGUGUGAGGAGCUUGGGGUGCCAGCGGCCCCCCAGCACCUGCUGGGCCCCGGCUCUGCUGCUGGCCCCAAGCUGUACCCCAAACUCUACACAGACGUGCACACGCACACACACACGCACGUGGAGGGCAAGGUCCACCAGCACCAGCACAUCCACUACCAGUGCUAGGUGCUGCCCAGGGGCGGGGGCCCCGGGGGGGGGGACGCCCGUGCGAGGUGUGCACACACCACCACCCCACACUCACACUCGCCGCCUUUGGGAAGGCCUGCGUCUGUAACUCGGCAGCGCCCGUGCACCCAUGGGCAGGUGGAGCCCUUGGCCUGUGAGGGGGGUUUCACAGGGGCCGCUGUCACCACCCCGGCCUGGCAGGAGAUCUGAGAGGCGCCCUGGAUAAGCAAAGCAAAGCCCCCACCCCUGCCCAGCCCUUGGCAGGUGGGUGGCUAUUUUUGCCACCGCCUGUCCUGGGUGUCCAGGAGUCCACCCGUCCCCUGGGCCAGGGGUCGGGCAUAGCAGUCCCAGGCCCUGUCCUGAGAGGCUGGAGCCCUGCUGGGGGUGCCUCCCGUGGCACACAGCCUCCCACUGCCAGAGGGAAGGGGGCCUUGAUAUUUAUAUUUAAGAAAUUAAAAUAAUAAUAUUAAUAAUGAUGAAAGGAGGGCUGGGCCACAGAGACCUGGCCUCUCCUGGGGCCGGGCACCUGUCACCCCACUGCCCAAGGUAGCCCCAGACCUCUGUGAUUUUAUAUAGAGUUUGAGCUGAAGCUUCGUAUAUUUAAUUUAUUUUGUUAAACAAGAAAAUGUGCAUCCUUUUCCUCUA